AUGAAGGUUAGGCAUAUAGCGAUUCCCGCUGCCGCGCGUAAGCGACAGUGGUUGAAAUCAGGUCCGUCGCAGGAUGUGGAAGGACGCACCAACCGAAAAAGGCUGCCUCUGUGUACCAUUUCUCCAAUCGGUGUCGAGAUACUUGAAUAUGAGAUUAAUUUGGAGAGUAUAUUGAGGAUGGAUAUCUCACGCAUGGAGGUUGUCAUCCAUGGUGGAUUGCCGCCAGAGACGAAAAUAUGGAUAAGACGGUUAAGAACGAAGGAGAAUCAAAUAUUAUCAUCUUUAUUGUCUAAUAAACAACCAUAUUAUCAAGAGAUUCUCCAGAUUUCGAAUUCAAUUCUUAUCAAACUUCAUACCCAGUUCAUCACGUUCGUAUUUUUCAUCAAAAGCUCGAAUAUUUCUCAACGGCAAUUCCUUCUGGCUUCUGCCCACUACUUCUUCUUUGACCACCACCACCACCACCAAGUUUCAACUUUACACUUUCUCUUCCGACGUGAGCCACUAUCAGAUCAGCCACCAUCACAACCAGGCUCAGUUGAACAACCCAAAGCUAGGAUAAGCAUUCCCAAUGGAAAUUCGAAGCGUAAGAUGGAUCCAAAACCUGUUUAUAUUCAUGUGAGGGCUCGUCACGGGCAAGCAACCGAUAGUCAUAGCUUAGCUAAAAGAGCCAGAAGGGAGAAAAUGAAAAAGAAAAUGCAAUAUUUGCAAGAUUUGGUUCCAGGUUCCACAAGCGUAGACUUCAAUAUGGACAAUUCAUUGCCUGAAGAGGUAAAGAGUAAAUCUUGA